AUGAGGUCGCUCCUCACGUGCCUCGUGGCCGGCAGCCAAUACCUCAUACACCCGCAUAAGCUGGGCUCCAUCCAAGAGACCAUCAACCCUGAUGCCAUCGUGCCCGUGACGCUUCUGGAGACGCACGAGAUAUUCGGCGACGUCGACGCCACCCUGCGUCUGUUCGACAGCUACGACGACGUGUUCGUGCCCGAGUUCGGCGCCGUGCUAGUCGAGAAGCCCGGGCCGAACGCGACCGUUGCAGCCGACGUAGAGCCUAGCUCUCACGGCAGGCGUUUGUAUCGGCUUAGCGGCGAUGUGGAGGUCACGGGUGAUGUCGCCGGCCUGCCAUCAGGGCCGUAUUUUCUGUACGGGCCGAAUCUGUACCAGGCUUGGAGGCUCUACGACGACGACCUCGGCGCCUUUGCCUUUGGCGUGAUUCCAGAGAAUGUUACGCACACGACUAGCUUCCGCGCCUUGAACGCGCUGUCCGACUCCGGCGCGAGCAAGUCCAUCGCCGUGCCUUCACGGCUGUAUCAUCGCGCACCUAAUGCUAGAAAGCCUCUCAGCGGUAUUCGCGUUGCUAUCCCGGACGUAUCCUCCCUUCUAGGUGUACAAACGACUCUGUCUAGCCAUGCAUGGCGUGCCCUCCACGCACUUCCCGCUGCCGCGACGUCUACCCUCGCGGACCGAUUGCUCGCACUGGGGGCUGUCAUCGUGGGCAAAACCAAGUCAUCGCAAUUCGGAGAGGGUCAGGAAUGGGUUGAUGAACAAGCUCCUUGGAGUCCGCGGGAAGACGGAUAUCAGAAGCCCGGCCGAGGUGCCGCCGGGUCCGGGGCUGGUGUGGCCGGCUACGAGUGGCUCAAGGCUGCCUUUGGCAUCGACUGGGAUGGCGGCGUACGAGAACCCGCCGCAACUCAAGGCGUGUACUCGCUCCGCACGAGUCACGGCGAUGUCCCCCUGGACGGCAUGGAGACAAGUUCCCCGACAUUUGACUCGGCGGGGAUUGUAGUUCGGGAUAUUCUCGAGCUUUACAACACAGCGUCCGCGGUGCUGAACCAGGGGCGGUCGGACGUGCCGCCGCCUCCGGCAAGACUGGUGUAUCCCGAGGACCUUUUUCACGGGGACUCAUCCGAGCGGAGAAAGCUGAUGAAACACUUUGUCACGACAAUGGAGAAUUACCUCGGGGCAAAGGCGGAGCGAAUCCAACUGUCGACGCUUUGGGACGAGCACACACCAGACGAGGCCAAAGGUCGUGGCUUGGACGAGUAUAUCGGCCAUGCCCCUUUUCGUGUGCAUUGCUACGAAUUUUACCACGCAUAUGAGCAGUUUCGCUCUGACUACAAAGCCAACUUUGGACAUCCUCCAUACGCUGAGACGAGUGUUUGGCACAAAUGGUCCACUGGAAAGAGCGUCCGCAAGUCGGAGUAUAACGAAUACCAGACGCGCCUCGAGGUGUUUAGGGCAUGGUUCGACAAACAGGUCAUGAACAUGACAAGCGUGGAGCCGCGCUGGACGGCCAUGGUGUUGCCAUUUGACAGCGAGACUCCCAACUACCGUGACGAGAAACCGCGCGGGCCAUCAACACGUCACAGGCUCACGGCAGAGCUGCUGUCGUCGAUGUUGCGGACGCCUCAGGUUGUGGUGCCAUUUGCGCAAUUGCCGUACAAGUCACGCAUCAGUGAACGAAUGGAGUUUCAUCCGGUAUACGGAUCCAUCAUGGGGCCCCGCGGCGGAGAUCUGGCCGUGGUGCACCUUGUGCGGCGGGCGUUUGAAACAGCCCGGUGGCGGACAAGGGUUGACACAGGACGAUUCUCUUUCCCGGUCGGGGACAACGACCGGAAUGUCGAUGACCGGCACGUCGCGGGAUUGAAGGAUGACGAGACCAGACGUACAGAGGAAGAGGUUUUGUCGGAUGAGCUGUAG